AUGGAAGAUUUCAGCAUCUUACCAAAAGAUAAAGUAGAAGUACAGGAGAGAUUACUCAUUGAGCUCAACCAUUCCUUCAGAAAACAUUUGAACCUAAAAGAUCCUUAUCAGCGAAAAGUUUCCACACACCCUUCAGAUCUCUCAGAUGAAAUUAUAAUUGGAGAAUUUGUAUCCAUGACACUUGGUAAUUAUAGGGAACAGAAGUUUAGGGAACAUCCAAUUUCUUCACCAGCACAAGCUUAUCUAAUCCCUAAAAACUACCAGCAUGUCCUUGCUUUUCUUUUUGCCAUUAAAGAAAUCAAUAAGAAUCCCGAUCUGUUACCCAACAACACAUUAGGGUCCAAGAUUUAUGACAAUGCGUACAAUUCAUGGAGAACCACUUGGACCACUUUGGAUCUUCUCUUUCUAAGAAAAGGGGAUCCACUCAAUUAUUACUGUAUCACUGAAAAGGAAGUCAUGGCCAACAUUGGGGGACUCACCUCUGAAAAUUCUAUUCACAUGGCCAACAUCUUAAGUACUUACAAGAUUCCUCAGCUUAAUUCAUUUUUGAGACAAGUCCACUUUAACAAUAACGUUGGAGAUGAAAUAUUUCUCGAUGAAGAGAGCGAUUUAGCGAUAGGCUAUGACCUCAUCAAUUUGGUGACAUUUCCCAAUGAAUCUUUCAAGAGAGUUCAAGUUGGAAGAAUCGAUCCCAGUUUUCAACUUGGAAAAGAAUUCAUCAUUAAUGCAAGUGCCGUUAUGUGGAAUCCUACGUUUCAUCAGAAGGUGCCAAAAUCCACCUGUGUUGAGAGCUGCCAUCCUGGACAAAGCAAACUAAUUCAGCAGGGGAAACAAAUCUGUUGUUAUGAUUGCAUUCAGUGUCCUUCAGGGAGGAUCUCAACACAAAUGGAUGCAGAUGAAUGUGAGUCCUGCCAAGAAGAACAAUAUCCUAACACAAAUCAACAAGAAUGCAUUCCCAAAGUAAUGACUUACCUGUCCUAUAAAGAUGGCCUGGGAACAGCUCUGACAUCUUUGGCACUUUUUCUUUCUCUGACCACACUUAUUGUGAUGGCAAUCUUCAGGUUACACUCGAACACUCCCAUUGUGAAAGCCAACAAUUGCAGCAUCACAUGUAUCCUACUCACCUCUCUGCUGCUAUGUUUUCUUUGCUCCCUCUUCUUCAUAGGAAGACCUAGCAAGGAAACCUGCCUUUUAAGGCAGGCUGUGUUUGGUAUCACCUUCUCUGUUGCUGUUUCCUGUGUACUGGCCAAAACGAUCACUGUGGUUCUGGCUUUUGUGGCUACAAAACCAGGGAACAAGAUGAGGAAAUGGAUGGGAAAGAGGCUAGCAAUCUUGGUUAUUGUGCCUUGUUCUUUGAUUCAGAUUGCCAUCUGUGCUGUUUGGUUAGUGAACAAGCCCCCUUUUCCAGAAUUAGAGAAGCAUUCCCAAGUGGGUGAGAUCUUAGUGAAAUGCAACGAAGGCUCAGAGAUGAUGUUUUACAUUGUGUUGGGCUACAUGGGUCUUCUGGCCAUUGUCAGCUUCACAGUGGCUUUCUUUGCCAGGAAAUUGCCUGACAGUUUCAAUGAAGCCAAGUUCAUCACUUUCAGCAUGUUGGUGUUUUGCAGUGUUUGGAUUUCCUUCAUCCCCACCUACUUGAGCACCAAGGGCAAAUUGAUGGUAGCCGUGGAGAUUUUCUCCAUCUUAACCUCUGCUUUUGGUUUAUUGAGUUGUAUUUUCCUUCCCAAAUGCUAUAUUAUUAUAAUACAUCCUGAAUUAAAUAAAAAGGAGCAAAUGGUAAGGAAAAGGAAUGAUUGA